AAAACCUACGCCCCUCAGUGGCUUGUGCAGCCAUGGACACCAUCCGCUGUCUUUAUGUCCACCUACAGAAGGGCAUGGACACUGAGGCAAAUUGGACAGGUCAGGCUCUGCUGCUGAAAAUCUCACAGGCGUGUGGAAAUGCCUUUCUCCAGCAGCAGGCCAGUGAGGCCUUGGAGGCUCUGGUGCAGAAUUGCAGCCCUGGUCGAGUGCUGCCUGUUCUGCUGAAUACAGGGCAGAGCCACCUGAGCCCUGCAGUAAGAGCCAGCACUGCUCGUCUGCUCCACCUGCUGGCUGACAGACUGGGAGCGACUAAAGUCCUGACAGCAAGGCAGAGCUUCACCCAGCGCUUCCUCACUGCUGUCAGUAAGAUGUCUCUGGAUGCUGCUGCUGAAGUCAGGCCUCAUGGACGUGCCAUCCUUCAGAAACUGGCCCUCCACAGGGACUUCAUGAAGCUGUGGCAGAAAAAUGUGGCGGAAAAAGAUCGCCACUCACUGGAGAAGGUCCUGAGGAAUGUGGUGAAGAAUAUCAAAAUCCAUAUAUGAAUCCAGGGUGUUGUUCACCACACAGGACAACAAGAAAAGCCUCAUUCUUGCUGUCAGUCAUCAUGACCUCAGUAUCCUUCGCUGGGUUGAUUGUUCUCUUGUGUUUUGAUCUCAUGAGUUUGUUUUCUAUCUACUAUCAUAUUCUCUCUAUCUAUUAUCCCCCUUUCCCCUCACCCCAACCGGUCGAGGCAGAUGGCCGCCUUGUCUGAGCCUGGUUCUGCCGGAGGGUUCUUCCUGAAAAAGGGAGUUUUACCUCCCCACUGUCGCCAAGUGCUUGCUCAGACAGGGAAUCCAAAGGAAACUGGAUUUGUUGGAUUUCUCUCUAUAAUUUUGUCUUUACUUUUCUAAGUGAAGUCUCUUGAGAUCACACAUUUGAACUGGUGAAUAAAAUUGAUUGAAAAUGAACUGAAAGGUUCACCCCAAAAGUGUCUGGAUUCUGGUCACAUGGUUGAUGCUCACAUCUGCCCUGAGUCAGUCGUGGCUUCUCAGUUGCUGUGCAGAGCAGAGAAUCUUUGGGUUUCUUUUUUCACAAUUUCCAUCGUUAUUUUUGGUGAAUUUUUAAAUUUGACGUUUUAAAGAAAGUGACUACAAUGAAAUCUGACAAUUUUAAGCUUAUUUUCAACUGGUUUUCUCUAUGUAACCACACAAAACUGAUGGCAUUUAUUACAAACAGUCGGAAAGUUGAACCACUCUUUCCAUUUUUACAGUUUGUGGCUCUAAAAAGAGUGUGCAUUUUGAAGACUUUUUAAAAACAAAGCAUGCCUUGGCAGUGCACGGCACGGCAGUGAAGUUAGUUUCAGCCAGAGCACCAGCAGCUCUAAUGCUGCAGACGUUACAGCUGCAUCCACCAACAAGCUCAGCAGGACAGAAUAGGAUCCAUCUUGGCUCUAGAUUACUGCUAUUGGUAAGAUUAGGUGCAAAAGUAAAUUA